AUGGCCGAUUGGGAGUCUGACCAAAACCACACGGAACACCACCCGCACUCACGCGCAAAUGUGACAAAAUAUAUGGAACAAUUCUCACUCUUAGAGACAUACGACUUACUCAAACGCGAUGCCUUUUUUGAGGUGGUCCACAAGACUACCAACGGCAAAGCACCAAAGGCUCUCACAUUCAGUGAGCUGGUGAAAGCUGACGAUUACUUCCCAACGUUCUCAAAGCUGCCAGCGCCAGAUGUGAGAGGAGGACCCCCGAUGUGGACAACAAGUGGCUGCAAUAACCUUUUUGUUCCUUCUGUUUGA